AUUUAUCCGCUGUCAGAGCGGAGCGUAUGGCCGCGCUGUGCCAUUAACUUUACUAGAGCGGCGCAGAAAAGUGGCUCAAAGAGGCUUUUCAUCGCGCUGGAUGUGAAAAUCAAGCCGACUAAAGCCAAAAAAGAGGACGAGAGAGAGAGAGAAAGAAAAAGAAGAGAGAGAGAGACAGAGAGAGAGAGAGAAGACCUGACGUGUAAUCGUUGUGGAUUGUAUCAGCGAGUUCUUCCCUCUCUUGUUGGUUUAUUUUGUUUUGUUUUGUUUGUUUGUUGUUUUGUUCCUCUGGAGGGAGAGAGUGAAUGAAUGUUUCUCUCGGGUGAGGAGCUCGUAAAAACCGCGUGAAUGUACAGCAUGAUGAUGGAGACGGACCUGCACUCGCCGGGCGCGCAGACGACCGCGAGCACCGCGGGGUCUCACGCGGGGCCGGUGGCGAUAGGAGGAGGAGGAGGUGGUGGAGGAGGAGGGGGGGGCAAAGCCGCGGGGCAGGAGCGCGUGAAGCGGCCCAUGAACGCCUUCAUGGUGUGGUCGCGCGGGCAGCGGCGCAAGAUGGCCCAGGAGAACCCCAAGAUGCACAACUCGGAGAUCAGCAAGCGCCUGGGCGCCGAGUGGAAGGUGAUGUCCGAGGCCGAGAAGCGGCCCUUCAUCGACGAGGCCAAGCGGCUGCGCGCCAUGCACAUGAAGGAGCACCCGGACUACAAGUACCGGCCCCGCCGGAAGACCAAGACGCUGCUGAAGAAGGACAAGUACUCGCUGGCCGGCGGCCUGCUCGGGGCGCCGGGGAUGAGCCAGAGGGGGCUGGAGAGCCCAGGUGGCCUCGGUGUGGGCGGCGGCGGCAGCGCGAGCGUGGGCGCCGCGGCGGGCUACGCGCACGUGAACGGCUGGACGAAUGGCGCGUACGCGGCGGCGGCGGCGAUGAUGCAGGAGGCGCAGCUGGCCUACGGAGGGCAGCACGCGGGAGCGGGGGGAGCAGGAGGAGGAAGCGCGCACCCGCACCACAUGCACCCGCACCACCACCCACACCACCAUCCGCACCACAGCGCGCAGCCCGUGCACCGCUACGACAUGAGCGCGCUGCAGUACAGCCCCAUCUCGAACUCUCCGGGCUACGUCAGCGCCUCGGCGGCCUCGCCGUACGGCGGCCUCGCGUACGCGCAGCACCACCACCAUCACCACCAGAGCACCGCCUCGCUGGUCAAGGCCGAGCCCAGCGCCAGCCCGCCGCUCGCCGCGCACUCGCGCGCGCCCUGCCCCGGAGACCUACGGGACAUGAUCAGCAUGUACUUACCGGCGGCGGCGGCGGCUGGAGGCGCGGAAGCGGCCGAGCAGACGGUCCAGAGCAGACUGCACGCGCUGCCGCAGCACUACCAGAGCGCCGCGGCCGGCAUCAACGGAACCGUUCCUUUAACACACAUUUAAAAACAGAACGAAGGGUUUAAAAAGAGUGAAUGAAUGAAUGAAGAAAAAAAGAGAAAAGCAGAAAAACUGAACCACGCAUCAGAAAGAAGUAACCAAAUAUCGACCUCUUCUUAGAUCUUAACUACCUUUUUUGUACAGAAUGUUUUUGUUGUAAAUUGAAAGGUGAUUAUUAUUAUUAUUAUUAUUAUUAUUAUUAUUAUUUAAAGCUGAUGAGUUCAGUGGGUCCCCAUUUCUCCAAGACUAAAGAACACUGCCUGUACACGCCAGCCUCCCACCACUCACAUGAUUGGGGCCGUUUUAGAUUCUUUGAGAUUUUUUUCUAUUUUAACCAGGAGGCUGAGCUUCACAGUGGAAAUGCCUACAGUGUUUAUUAGUUGUCCGCAGCCCACAGUUCUUCGGUUUGUAAACACGUGACUAAGCCUGUGUGUCUGAUCCAUUCAUCAUCAUCAUCAUCAUCAUUAUUAUUAUUAUUAUUAUUAUUAUUAUUAUUAUUAUUAUUAUAUUUUUUGGUCGUUGUAUUUUUUCUUGUAAAUUGUGCAUAUAUUAUAGAGAAAAUGAUAGGCCUAAAAACUGUAAAUAGUUUCCUUAACUCAUUUUUUUUGCAAGAAACGAAGGAGAACUUUUUUUUGCGUUGGUAUGAAACGAAUAAAUUUCACAGCUGUUGAUCUUAUUCUGGAUAAACGUCUUAAUUUCGUCUUUGUUUCGUUUUUUUUCGUUUUUCCUCGCUGAGACUGAGCUGUAAACAGUCUAAAUAAUGAGGGUGCUGUAAACACACUGCAGGAGAGUCGCU